CUCUUCUCACUCUUCUCCGCACCGCUUGAUGAAAGAAAGGUAAACCCGUGGAUAAUCCAGUUCCACGGCAUUGACGGGGCAGGCAGGGCAGGUCCCGGUCUCUGUAGUACGUUUAUAUAGCCUGAAUCAGAGACUUGCUUCUUGUUCAGGUGUGCCUUGCGCAGUACGGUAGGUUCAAGGGAAUUGGUGCCAUCGUGUAAUCAUUUAGACUGAUUAUGGCUGGGAUGGCUGGGAGAGUGGCCAUGAUCACUGGCGCUGCUGGUGGUAUUGGAGAAGCCACUGCUCACAAACUCGCUAGCCGUGGUAUAUCUGUGUUCGUCAUCGACAUGAAUGAGAAGGACGGAUCAAGGGUAUCGGAUGAGGUUGAAAAGAAGUGGAAUGUACGCAGCAAGUUUCUCAAGGUCGACAUUACCCAAGAAGAGCAGGUCAAGGAUGCUAUUGCUUCGACCACCAAAUGGACAGGUCGUCUCGACUACGCUGCCAAUUGUGCUGGGAUUUGUGAGUCAAUAUGGGCCGAGGAAGAAAGUAUUACCACGGAACUCUUCGAGAGGACUUAUGCUAUCAAUACUCGAGGACUGUGGCUAUGCCAGAAGUAUCAAGCAUUGCAAAUGAGAAUGCAGCAGCCUCGGGAGAUCACUUUUCUUCCGCAAAGCCCACAUACGAUUCCGGGUCAGCGGGGAGCCAUUGCCAACGUCGUCUCGAUCUCGGGACUUCAAGCGGCUGGCCUGGCUGCUUACACACCCAGCAAAUAUGCAGCCAUAGGAGUUACCAAGAACGGUGCAAAGUUCUAUGGUCCAAGUGGCAUCCGUGUGAACGCACUUUGCCCAGGCUGGACUCUGACGAAAAUGGUCGAACAUAGUAUGGGCAAGGAAGGCACCAUUGGAACACAAGAAAACAAGGACUCUGGUGUCAGCAAGCAGAUUGGUCUGAGAAGGAUGGCGUUCGCCCAGGAGCAAGCCAAUGUGCUCAGUUUUCUACUGAGUGAUGAGAGUUCUUAUAUGAAUGGCAGUCUUCUGGUGAAUGAUGGCGGAUUCCACGACAUCAGAUAG